AUGGCUUCCGCCACCACUUUCUUCGAUUUCAAGACAAAAGACAAGCGCGCUCAAGAAUAUCCUCUGUCGCAACACAAGGGCAAAGUCAUCUUGGCCGUCAACACCGCUUCCAAGUGCGGCUUCACUCCUCAAUUUGGAGGCCUCGAAUCGCUGUGGAAGAAGCUCUCAGAAAAAUACCCUGACCAAUUUGUUAUCAUUGGGUUCCCAUGUAACCAGUUCGGUGGUCAAGACCCCGGUUCAAACGAACAGAUCCAGGAAUUUUGCCAGCUCAACUAUGGUGUCACAUUCCCUGUUCUAGGCAAGACAGACGUCAACGGCGACAAGGCCGAACCGGUCUUUGAAUGGAUGAAGGCAGAGAAACCAGGCCUGCUGGGAUUGAAGAGAAUCAAGUGGAAUUUUGAGAAGUUCUUGAUCGGUCGCGAUGGGAAGGUGAUCCAGCGGUACGCCAGUUUGUCUAAGCCCGAGAGCCUCGAGAGUGAUAUCAUCCGGGAGAUCGAGAAGUCCAAGUCGGGAUAG